AUGGAACCGAGGGACUACUCCGACGUGUUGGCCGACAAACGUUUGGACUUCCAACCACCAGUGGACACCAUGAGGAUCACACAUCGAGAGCAUCGGCGGAACGACUCUGACAACUCCACCGUCCUUACUGAGCCGGCGUAUGCAGAGGCCGGUGUCCCAAUCAACCGCAGUGCGACUGCAGAGGCGAAGAAGGAAUCCAAUGGCAGUCUUGCAUGGUCCAAGAUCCGGAGGUACUGCAGAGAGCCGCUGUCCGAGUUCAUGGGCGUCUUCAUCCUGAUUAUGUUUGGCGAUGGAUCCGUAGCGCAGGUCGUCCUCAGUAAUGGCGAGAAGGGUGACUAUCAGUCAAUAUCCUGGGGCUGGGGCAUUGGUGUCAUGCUAGGCGUCUAUGCCUCCGGAAUUUCAGGAGCCCACAUCAACCCAGCCGUAACCUUCGCCAACUGCGUCUUCCGCAAGUUCCCUUGGAAUAAGUUCCCCAUAUAUGCAAUCGCCCAAACCCUCGGCGCCAUGGUCGCCUCCGUCAUCGUGUAUAUGAACUACAAAUCCGCCAUCGACGUCUUCGAAGGCGGCGCCGGCAUCCGCACGGUACCAGGCUACUCCCCCAACGCCACUGCUGGCAUCUUCUGCACAUACCCAGCCGAGUUCAUGACGCGAACGGGCAUGUUCUUCUCCGAGUUCAUUGCCAGCACCCUGCUCAUGUUCCUCAUCUACGCCAUCAAAGACGACCACAACCUCGGCGCCAAACACCUCGUUCCACUAGCCUUAUUCUUUAUUAUCUUCGGCAUAGGUGCCUGUUUUGGGUGGGAGACAGGUUACGCAAUCAACCUCGCCCGAGACUUCGGCCCCCGCCUCAUGUCCUACGCCCUAGGCUACGGCCCCGACGUCUGGCGAGCCGGCGGCUACUACUUCUGGAUCCCCAUGGUCGCGCCCUUCUGCGGCUGCACCUUCGGCGGCUUCCUCUACGACGUACUCCUCUUCACGGGCGAAUCCCCCAUCAACACGCCGUACUGGGGCCUCUACCGCUUCGUCCCGGGCAUGCGGCACAAAUACGACGACGUCGAGUUCCAUCCGGAAUAUCUCAAGGAGGAUUUUGGCGGCGAGAAGGCUAUGCCGACCGUGGCGCCGGUGUCUGUGGGUUCCGGAUCGAGUCCUUCGUCGGAGAGAUGA